UUCGUUCCCAUGUUUUGAGUGUCUUAUUUUUUUAUAUUAUUGUAGGCUGCUUCAAAUUAUAAGAUUGCACAAGCUGAGCUGGAAAAUAUUUUACUAUAAAUGGCGGAUCAAUGCGGCAUGGUGGAACCUACUAAUGGCGAAAGCACUUGUUCCCGCUCUUAUCAAGACACAUCGAGUAUUUUAAAUAUGAUGGAUCCAAACGCCUUUAAUAUGCCGCCUCCCAACUUACAUUCGUCGAAGGGGAUAAACCCGAAUAAGGCGAUAUUUACGAUAGACUCAAAUAACGGACAGAUCUUCAUUGUUAACAAUAAAGCAUGCCACUUGUUGGGAUAUACGUCGCAGGAGUUACGGAACAAAAGCUUUUUUGAUUUACUAAAUUGUAAAACGGAAAGUCACAUUUCGUCAUUGGCGGAAAUGCAGAUUGAUGUCGAUGAGGGAAGAGUUGUCCUGCUCAGUGGCAAAGUGAUAGAAAUGAAGACAAAACAGAGCACUAAGAUAUUGGUCUCGCUCUGGAUUCGACAAAUAGACAACGAAGGACGGAACAUAGCUGUCGCCGAGCCGGUUCAGAGACACAUUUGCCAAAUAGGCAUUGACCGCUUCGGUGCGAUAACAAUGGCCGACUCUGCCACUGCGACAAUAUUCCUUUAUUACUCCACCGAAGACGUCGUUGGAGUGAACAUUACAACACUAAUACCCUUCAUAAAACUCCCAGAUCCGGACAGUAGAGAGAUAUCGAAGAGCCUGCGCAAGCAGAGAGCCACAGGACGCACCACAGACAAUGUUAAAUUUCCGCUCUGCUUGCUUAUAACUACACCGGAAGCGAUUGGUUCUUCAACAACGCAUUCCUGCAAUACGUGCUUCAACAUAACCGUGUGGGUUUUCCAAAAUCUGAGUGGGCUUAUUGUGGUAGAUGAAAUAGGCAACGUUCAGACUUGCAAUCAGCCGUUCUCUGUGUUGAUGUUCGGAUACGGCCAGGAAAAAAUAACAAAAAUGCAUAUAUCUUCAAUUUUACCUAACUUCGGCAAAGAUUUCCGCGAAGAUAAAAGCCCAAACGUCUCGAAUACAUCCAUUACCAGCAAUGAUUGGGAGCCCGAUACAGAUCCGUUUAUCGUUGAUAACGAGUCCUCACUUCAAUCUUGUAAAAAACUGUCCGCAAUCCCACCUGCAAGUGAUCAUUCUCUCAACGACGUGGGACUGAAUGGCGGAACCCACUUAAGCUGUAACCAGGAGGGUAACAGCGACAUGAUUUCCGAUAUUCGACCACCCGAAGACAUUACAAUAGACGACAUUUUGACACCAGUGAAUCCCUCGAAAAAGUUCGCCUCUGACGAGUAUGAAGAGUCGCUAUCCCACCUAAAUGAAAUGAGCUUGGACAAGGUGAAGUCCCAAUCUAUAGAGGCUUGUGAUGCUUCAAGCAGUAAUCCAGCCACGAGGCUACUCAGUUCGAUUAAUGGAAACUUUCUGGGAGAGGCGAUUCACGCUGAUGGCACUGUCAUAGACGUUGUGUACUCGGUAUUGCUCCAUGUGUUGCCCUGCUCCCGCCGAGUGUAUUGCAUUUGGGUGUGUCGAGACCCCUCCAAUCGCUUAGAGAGCGACAAGUACAACUAUGCCAAUCUCACAUCAACAUUCAACAGCAUGGCAAGCACUAUCGAGCAGUCCCUGGGGCAAGUUAUUAAGACAACAGCUGCUCAGAAUUCCAGCAGACCAAACUCUCUCUCAUUGAUGUCCAAGUACGAAGACGAGCUGUACUCGGGGGACUAUAGCAAGCACUACACUUCGAUCCGGCAAAUUGGCAAGGGAGCUUACGGCUAUGUUAAUAUGGCUUUUCGGAACACUGAUCGGCUAUUGGUUAUAACAAAGUUUAUUUUGAAGGAGAAACUUUGCCCUCAAUUUAUGAUUAAGAACCGGGAUGGCAAGGAAGUUCCUAUCGAGAUCCACCUCCUGCAGACCUUAGAUCACAAGAAUAUAGUAUCGGUGCUAGAUGUUUUUGAGAACGAUUUAUUCUACCAGCUGGUGAUGGAGAAACACGGUUCGGGAAUGGACCUAUGGACGUUCAUUGAACGACGGCCUUUAAUGGAGGAGAAGUUGGGAAGCUAUAUUUUCCGGCAAAUUGCGGAUGCCGUCUAUUAUUUGCAUGAGCAGAAAAUACUCCAUCGUGAUAUAAAGGACGAGAAUAUAAUCAUUGAUCAUCAUUUUAACAUAAAGCUAAUAGAUUUCGGUUCAGCGACAUUCAUGGAAGAAGGCAAAUACUUUUCAACGUUUUAUGGCACGACCGAGUACUGCAGUCCCGAAGUCCUGGCUGGCAAUAGAUAUGUCGGUCCCGAGCUUGAAAUGUGGGCCCUCGGCGUCACUCUGUACGUCUUAAUGUUUUUCGAGAACCCAUUUAUCGACGUCGAAGAUACUGUAAAGGCAGAAGUCCAAAUACCAAAGAUGGUAUCGGAGCAGCUGAGUCGUCUUUUGACGUCCAUGCUGAACAAAGAUCCCAAAUACCGCUGCACAAUGCUGCAGCUAGUAAACGAUCCUUGGCUCACGCAAGAAGUCAAUUCUUCGCUCUUUAAUUUUUCAUGGAUUGUUCCGUGCAAGGCGCAUGAGGCAGAACCCGACACUCAUUUCAUGGGCUACUACUCCAGCACAUCAGUGUUGUCAACCAUUUCGCCGCAGGAGAGCUUCUCCCAUAUUGAAGACUGCUCCAUAGGCGGGCCAGACGAGGACACAAAGCUGACGGCAACACAAAAAACAGGCAUAAAACUAUGGAAAAAUAAUGAAGAUAAGCACAAUAAGAUGGAAACACUUUAUGCGAAGCAAUUUCAAUUGAAUUCCUCAAUCAGUAAUCAUGAACUGAGAUUAUCGCUUCCUGCUGCGAGCCACACUGAGACAGGAAAACAAAUAUGCUCUUCAAAAUCGGAAAACGAUAUAUUUAAACACAAACUUGAACCAUGCGUCUCUGCCUAUAACGUAGUUAGCUUGCACGACGUUAACACAAAACCUAGAACCCUGAAUUUGAAGUAAUAUGAUUUUGGUUUUAUUAUGUGUGUAAAUUAUUAUUAGUGUCACCAAUGUAAAUAGCGGUAUAUGUGAAGAAGACAAUUAAACAAAGGUCCUGGAAUCUUUUAAAAUGAACAAAAUAAAUCGAAUAUGUAUAUUACUGUUA